AUGGAUAUUAUGUAUAGAAUGAAGAUCCUGAAUCAAAUUGUUUUUAAGAAUUUAAGACAUAUUUGCCAUUCCAGAAGAUCGUUUUCUUCUAUCGUGCCAAUUGUAAAUUCAACCGGUAAUAAAGGCUGGAAGUACAAAUAUGGUUUCUAUAUUGGAGUUCCUACACUUUUGGGACUGCCAUAUGUAGCAUAUUCUUCCGUAAAAUCUUCUAUAUCCUGCAAUGGGUUUGAAAAGGUAGAAUUAGGUGACCUAUCUGAAUUCAAAGAAGGAGAAUCUAAGCAAAUUAAGAUUUAUAACGGUGUGAUUAUACAAUAUGUAACUGUUUUUAUAGGAAAGGACACGGUUUUAGUGACGAAUGUGAAGGGAAGAAUCUAUGUUACCGGAAGCUCGUGCCCUCACUUCUCAGCGUCCUUUAUAGAUGGCGCCGUAACAGACGAACUGCUAGUUUGUCCCUGGCAUAACGCCAAGUUUCAGUUGAAGGAUGGGUCGUGUGUAAACGGACCAUGUUUCGACGGACUUGCCACGUAUGAGCCAGUCGUCGAGAACGGAAAACUAUACGCAAUGCUGCCACCAACGCCCUUACCACUUGAGGUGCCAAUGAAAAAGGAGAAGACAAAGGGAAGGGAUAGCCGCGUCUUCGUUAUCUGUGGCGCAGGAGCCUCAGCACAUGCAGCAGCCGAAACGCUCAGGUUAAAGGGCUUUACAGGGCGCAUACUGAUGUACGGAGAUGAACAAUACCUCCCCUAUUACCGACCGUAUCUGUCGAAGGCAUUUAGCAAGGACUAUGAAAGAGUUCCGAAUGAACAGGCGCUGAGAUCGAAGGAAUUUUACAAAAACAAUCAAAUAGAGCUUUAUACCGGGAAAACAGUGACCUUGGUGAAUGACAAGGAUCAUACAGUAACAUUGUCAGAUGGAACCGUAGUCAAAUAUGACAAAGUGUUGGUCGCAACAGGCUCACGGUCAUCGAGACUGCCCGUGUCUGAAAAUAAAAACUACGAAAAUCUGUUUACCAUUAGAACAAUAGACGAUCUGAAGGGAUUGUCAAGAUAUAUAAAGCCAAAUUCGAAUGUAGUAAUAGUUGGUGCAAAUUUUAUCGGAUGCGAAUUAUCGUCAGCACUAAAACCCACGGGAGCCAACCUAACAGUAGUAACAAACACUGAAACACCGCUUGAAAACGUUGUCGGAAAGAGAAUAGGUGGUGUUGUCGCAAAGUUGAUGGCAAAAAACGGCGUGACGUUCCUGCCAAGUUGUACAGUAAAGAGAUACAACGCCAAGGGUAACAAGGUGAAUGAAGUAGUGUUGGACACGAAUGAAACGCUGAAAGCAGACGUGGUAAUAGAGGGUGUGGGAUCGAAAGUGGACUCGUCAAUAUUGCCUUGCGCAAAGGUGGCGCCAAACGGAACAGUACUAGUGGACGAGUCGUUCAGAUGUAACGGGUGCAAGGAUGUCUUCGGAAGUGGCGAUUUCGUCAGUUACCCCUAUCACAGAACAGGGAAACACGUGUCCAUAAAACACUGGAACGUUGCCUUACAGCACGGCAGAGUCGCCGCGGACAAUAUGUUGGACAAAAACGCGAAGAUGACAAUGGUGCCGUUCUUCUGGUCAAACUUCUUCAAGACCGGCUUCAGGUUUGCCGGUGUUACCGAUGGAACUGAAGAUUUAAUAUUUGAAGGCGACGUUGAGAAGAACAAGUUUGCAGCCUACUAUACGAAGGACAAGAAGGUACGGCGCUAG